AAUCACCUAUUUGCUUGCUCCUCUUUAAAACACUCUCAUUCUUUCACUUGAUUAUUAUAACAUGAAUUCUCUCCUUACUUCUCCCAAGAGAAAAACAAUGGCAAGAAAAAUAGAGGCAUCUACUUCUUUAGCUUUCUUUUUUCCUCUGUUACUCCUUUCUUUGGCACUAGGGAGAGCUAUUGCAUCAUCACAAGGACAGUUGUUGCAGAAAACUUGGUGCGUGGCGAAACCUUCAUCCGACGAAGCUACUCUGACCGGAAACUUAAACUAUGCUUGCUCUCAGGUGGACUGCAAGGUACUACAGAAGGAUUGCCUUUGUUUUUACCCAGAUAACCUCAUAUCCCAUGCUUCAGUUGCCAUGAACCUCUACUAUCAAGCCCGAGGCCGAAACUACUGGAACUGCUACUUUAGGAACUCCGGGCUCGUCUCGACAACUGACCCAAGUUUUGGUAACUGCAGUUAUGUCUAUUAUUGACGAACGGGCAAAUUCUUAAACAAAUCAAGCUUUAGCUCUGAUGGAGAUUGAUAAACUUGUCAUAGUCUUGCUGGUUUCCGCAUUAGAAUAUCUCUUGGAUAUCUGCAAAUAUUGGGUUAGUUUUUGCUGUUAGGAUAUCUCUCGGAUAGUUGCAAAUAUUGCAAUUAAUCAAAAAAUUUCUGCACAUGUAUUUCAUGCUCUGUCUGCUGAUUUCUCUACUUCUUCAUAAAUGGUGAUUGUUGUUCA